GUCCGUUGAAGUGAAAGUAAUGCAAGAAACAUCCAGUUCUUUAAAUCCUCCUGCGAAUAAUCUGCCCAGGGUCCGAGUGCAAAUAACAACAUUGAAGGUGAUGUUGAUGAUGACGGUGGUUAUAAUUGUGAUAAUGACGGUGAUAAUGAUCGGUUAUAGUGAUUGUGCUGUUAAUGGGUGGUUAUUGAUGAUGAUAUUGGUUUGCUUAGCGAUGAUGACAUUGUUAACGAUGUCAUUGGAGCAACAACAUUCAACGAGCGUUGCUAUAAUUCAAGACACAGAAGGAAAGGUGAAGAAAAUGGUGGAUACAAGUGUCAUGACCGAAGGCGAUUCUGCUGGGAUGUCGGAUGAGAAAGAAAAAAUAAAAAACAUUGCUGAUGUUAUUGAAGAUGCCGAACCAAAGCUCAUAAAACGCUACAUUGAACUUCUUCGAAGAGAAAUUGAAAAACGUAAACAAUGGCUGGAUGCAAAUGAAGAAGAAAUCACCAGAAGUAAAGUUGACUUUAAAGAUUUCAGCGAAUUUAAAAUCGUAUAUUUUCGAAAUAAGGACCUUGCAAAAGAACUGGACGAUAACAACGUUCACGUCUUGAUCGAAGAAACUAAUAAAUUUGAUGGGAUUGAACCGGAUUUGAAACAACAACUCGUUGUUUUGAACGAACGAUGGAUUCAAAUGGACGUCGCUUUAAAAGAUAAGAAUGAGUUGUAUGAUAAUCUCAUGGCGGACUGGACGAAAUAUCGUGAACAGCAACUGAUUUUUUUGAAUUGGAUUGAUGAGAUAGAUAGCGAGGUGAAGAACGAGAAAGGCCAAGUGAAUCUUGUCGAUGAAGAUGAAAUAUACGCACAUAUCAUGAAGCUAAAGGAUGUGGAAAAUAAAGCCGAGUCUGAAGGAGCGAUGAAAGAAAGGAACUUAAGGGAAGCUGGUGAAGAUUUGAUUCGACAUGUUGGUGAAGAUUCCUCGACUGCUGUUGAGAUUUGUAAACAAACGGAGGAGAUUGUCUCCGCCAAACAUGAAUUCCUCAAAGAUCUUAGUGUUAGAAUCCAGAAGAUUGAAAGCAGUGAACAGAAGACUCAAGACUUGUACAAUGACUUUGAUGACGUGACAGACUGGCUCGACGCCACGGAAAGUCUGAUUGACAAGUAUGAAAGCCAUGACAAAGAAACUGCUGAUGAUGAUAGUCCACGUAAACAGCUCAUGCCACAGGAUGAGGAGGUUGAAGAGAUGGCAAGUGUUGCAGAAGAAAUUAUGAUAAAUUUUGAAAAGCUGUCAGAGACUGACUCAAAGGUAAAACAUGUCAACACGUUGGGAAACGAAUUGAAAGAAGAAAUUGCUGAGGAAGGAAGAGAAGGUGUUGACGCCAAACUCGAUGCGUUUAAUCAACGAUACAACAACGUUAGUCAACGAAUAAAAGAUUUUGAAAACAAAGAACCUCAAACAAGUUCAGGAUGUUCAGAAUUUGUGCGACGUAUUCGCCGUAAACUGUUCCAAGUUUUCAAAUGAUCUUGAAGAUGAUUGGAAUAACGCAGUUAUCAUUACGGUUAAUUAAAAACUAGAGUAGUUCUUUCAAGCGGCCAUGGAGACAGGUAACCAUAGUUAGUUUGAUGAAUAGUGUCGCUUCACGUUGUAAAAAAACUGAUAAAUGGACGCAGGUCACAUUCCUAUCCAACCUUCAGUGUCGAAGGGCACUGUUUAGUUAGUGGACACUGUUUGAAUGUUCAGGUCUGUUAACACGAUCCAAUUUUGUUGGAUUCAAUCCACUUCUGAUGGGCGCUUUAUAGCCUGUUUACUUUCAAUGUAUGUGAGCAACUAAA